CCGCCCCCAGCGGCAGGGCGGGGAGCGAGAUCCUUUGUGGGCUUUGACAAUAAGAUGGCGGGUGAGGGAGGCGGGGCCGGGCGCUACAGUUGGCCACGCCCCUUCCCUCAAGCGCGGAGCGAGCGCCGAGGCGGGAGCCGGGCUCCUGCGCUGGGAGGCGACGGCGGUGGAGCGCUCCACUGUUAGAAAACGCCUUGUUCUGAAGCAGCCUUGUUCUGAAGCAGCCGGUGCUGCCCUAACUGUUACUGUAUGGACUCUUGCUCAGUAGCAUGGGAGAAGAGGAAGGACUACAUCAAGCACAAUUACUGAGGUUAAGCAUGCCAGUAGAAACUCAGGAGGAGCGAGGAGAAACUGCCUCUCCAGUAGGUGAAAUACAGCUGUUGAGAUGGUCGCCUCUGUGCGAAGCAGCGGCUCCUGACUUCCGUCAAGUUUGGCAUUUAAUGGGAACCAGGAGCUGGGAGCCCGUGCCUCUCUCGGGUGCCUCUCUGCGAAGCCAUGACUCAUGGACCUGCUCACUCCUGGUUCCUGAGUGUCGUCUUUGGGACCCUGUCCAUGUGUUCCUGACCCCUGUUGUACCACAAUGGCCAUUCUAUAACCUGGACACAAUGUUUAUGCGAGGACUAAAAAGAAAAUGUUUUGAUGGCGAAGAAGAUAUUGAAGGAACUCUGGCUGGUAUUAAGGCUAUUCCUUCAUAUAAUCUUCAGCGGCAGUCACUGUUAGAUAUGUCCUUGGUUAAACUUCAGCUGUGUCACAUGCUGGUCGAACCUAACCUUUGUCGUUCGGUACUUAUAGCCAACACGGUACGCCAGAUCCAAGAGGAAAUGACCCAAGAUGGGACUUGGCAGAUGAUAAAUAUGCAGAAUACAGGCCAGGCAUCCGUGGAUCGUCUUGUUUCAACAGAUAUCCUCUGUCGCUCAUCUAGGGAGCAAGCUGAGGGAAAGCAUGUUCCAGGUUACAGUACUUUCAGUAAAGACUUUGAGGGUGACCAGGCACAAGAUAGUUCAGAAACUGUGUCAACAGCUUCUUCAGUGCAAGCUCUAAGAAACCUGCAAAGUAAUGUGUGGGAAAUGGAGAAUUCACAAGAAAAUAAAGGAAAUUUUCAAAAAUCGCUAGAUCAAAUAUUUGAGACGCUGGAGAACAAAAGUCCUAAUUCAGUUGAAGACCUGUUUUCAGAAGUUGACAAUUCUUACUAUGAUCUUGAUACUAUGUUAACAGGCAUGAUGAGCAACACAAAAAUGGGACACUGUGAUGGGCUAGAACCAUUUCCCUCUCCAACAACUACAACUUCUAGCUCUAAUUGUAAAUCUGAUCUUAACGAGCUUGAUCAUAUUGUAGAAAUCCUUGUUGAAUCCUGAAACUCCUUGUGUAGGAGAUAAAGAUCUGUUAAUGGAAGAAAAAGACUCAAGAAAGCUAUUUCCACAGUUUGUUCUAUCAAAUCUGCACAUGUAUUUUACAAAUAUCUAUAUAUUAUAUAGAUAUAUAUAUUAAAAAAGCACUUCAUAUUGCAAAAUAGUGUUAACUCCUGAAGUUAACCUGCAACUUGUAGUGUAAUGAUCCAAUCUCUUGUCCACUGAACUGUAAGUACAUACGGUAAAUGUUUUUAAGUAUGUGGUCCAAGGCUUUCAAAUUUGGGUUACUUCUACAAAUUUGUUCUAGCCUUUGACAGAGGAUAUGCUUAGUGAGAAGGAUUCUCUCAUCCUUCUUUUUUUUUUUUUUUUU